AUGGCGUUGACAUCGUGGAAGUCCUUUCGCUUCUUCGAUGUUUCCCAAGUCAGACUCCAAGACGAUGGUGAUGCCUCUGUGGCGCUUGAUCAAGGCAAUACGCACUGCGUUGCAGCUGGGUCCCAAUACAUCUUCGUGAGCACGGACGGCGGCGUCGUCCAGCUGCUCGACCAUAACUUCAAGUCCACCAGGUCAUGGAAGGCUCACGAGCGAGGCGAUGUCUCCAACAUCAAGCAAAUACCGGAUACGUCUUACUUAAUCACACUCUCGGAAGACCUGAGCCAUGAGCCUGAGCUCAAAGUCUGGAAUUUGGAUCAGAUCGAGAGGAGGACUGGCCACCCGAAGUGCCUGUGUACCCUGACUGUGCAGAACGGACGAAAGAACUUCCCCAUGACCGCUUUCACAGUGACUGGCGACCUGACCCAGCUCGCUGUUGGCUUCGGAAACGGAGCCGUGACGGUAGUGCGUGGCGACUUUGUUCACGAGCGAGGGACGAAGCAGCGAACUGUUUUCGAGUCGGAGGAGCCUAUCACCGGUCUUGAAUUCCGAGAAGCCAACACAACAGCCUUGUAUAUUGCAACCACAUCUCGUAUCCUCGCACUCGCCAUCACCGGCAAUCGCCAGGGCACGCCGGCCCGCACGCUUGACGAGAAUGGCUGCGAUGUAGGAUGCAUGACCCUUGAUCCGGAGUCGAACGAGAUCGUCAUUGCACGCGAUGAUGCAAUCUACACAUACAACACUCGAGGAAAGGCAGCUUCGUAUGCCUACGAAGGGGCGAAGAAACUCAUCAGCGUGAGCAAGGACUACGUUCUACUGGUGUCACCUCCAAGCAACAACCUCUCUCGAUCUGCACCACUCCGUGCGUUUGGGGGGGCACAAGCCAGUGCGAUACUGAACACCUCCACUUUCACGAUCCUAAACACCGACAUGAAGUUCCUUGCGCACCAGGAGUCUCUCCAAAAUCAAGUCCGGACUCUCUUCAGCAUUUGGGGCGACAUCUACCUUCUCACCAUCGAUGGCAAGCUAUUCAGGUACCACGAGAAGACAUUCCAGCAGAAGCUCGAUAUUCUCUACCAGCGGAACUUGUUUGUGGAGGCCAUCAGCAUGGCACGAAAGUACAACGUCGAUCCGGUGCAGCGGAACGUCAUCUUCCGCAGGUAUGGCGACUUCCUGUACCAGAAAGGCGACUACGAUACAGCCAUGCAGCAGUAUCUGCGGGCAAUCGACAACACAGAGCCUUCGCAGAUCAUCCGGAAGUUCUUGGACCACCAGCGGAUACAGAAUCUGAUUGAGUAUCUUGAAGAACUGCAUGAGCAUCACAAGGCCACGUCAAACCAUACUACAUUGCUUCUGAACUGCUACGCCAAGCUGAAAGACGUAGACAAGCUCGAGCAGUUCAUUCGACAGCCUGGCGAUCUGACCUUUGAUCUGGACACCGCAAUUCUGAUGUGUCGUCAAGGCGGCUACUACGACCAAGCAGCAUUCCUGGCGAGGCGACACAAUGAGCACGGCCUUGUGGUGGACAUCCUGGUGGAAAAUCUGAAGAAGUACGCUGAAGCACUUGCCUACAUUGUGCGGCUGGAGCCGAAAGAAGCAUAUCCCAACUUCAUGAAGUAUGGCACCGUGUUACUGGAGCACUGUUCGCAAGAUGCGACGCAGCUGUUCAUCGACUACUUCACUGGAGUAUUCAGACCCAAGAAGGAUGCCGUGAUCGUGCAGGAAGCGCCAGUACAGCAGGAGAGUGGCCGCUUUGGCAACAUGGCACAGUCAGCAACGUCUGCUGUACAAAACCUAGCAGCGCUGAUUCCACUGCCGUACAUGAGCACCAGCACAGCACCUCCACCUCCUUCUGCAGACGGCCAGAAGCAGACCGUCAACCAGGUGGUGGAGACCACGACCGAAGCUGACUUUGUCGAAUACGAGGUGCCAAAGCCUCGCGUUGCUUUCUCGGCCUUCAUCGACCAUCCUGAUGAGUUUGUGGUUUUCUUGGAGUCCUGCCUUGACAGCGAAGACGUCAGCGACGAAUCCAAGACUGAUCUGUACACCACACUGUUCGAGAUGUACCUCCAUAAGGCGACUACGAGUCAGAGAGAAGAAAAGACGGAGUGGGAGCGCAAGGCGAAGCAGCUGAUCGAGUCAAAGCAGAUUCCCAUCGACACCGCAAACGUCCUCCUGUUGUCCGAUCUGGAGAAGUUCAGGGAGGGCACAAUCUUGGUCAGUGAACGACAAGGUCUUCGAUUUGACGUGUUCCGGUCAUACACAGCUGCGCAAGACACACAAGGCGCAAUCAGAGCAUUGCACAAGUACGGCCCAGAGGAGCCGCAACUAUACCCAGCAGCAUUGGCAUACUUCACGAGUUCACCUGAAAUACUGGACGAAGCUGGCUCUGAAGUCGAAGCAGUACUACAGAAGAUCGAUGAAGAUGGCCUGAUGGCGCCACUGCAAGUCAUCCAAACUCUCAGCGCCAACGCAGUCGCCACAAUGGGCCUGGUGAAGAAGUACCUCUCUUCCACCGUCGAACGUGAACGGUCCGAAAUCGCCGCCAACCGCCGCCUCAUCUCCUCCUACCGAGCCGAUUCCACGCAAAAGCUCAGCGAGAUCGAAGAACUCGCCACCAAGCCGACUUCCUUCAGCGCAACAAGGUGUUCAUCUUGCGGUAGGCCGCUUGAGUUGCCAACAGUGCACUUCCUGUGCAAGCACAGCUUCCACCAGCGCUGCUUGAACAUUCCAGAAGGGCAGGAGCCGAAUGAUGUGGAAUGUCCAGUUUGCGCGCCGCAGAACCAGACGGUGAGGCAGAUCAGAAGGGCGCAGGAAGAGAGUGCUGGGAGGCAUGAGUUGUUUGCGGAUGCGUUGAAUAGGAGUGGUGACAAGUUCGGGACGAUCAGCGAUUGGUUGGGGAGGGGGGUGAUGGAUGUCAAAAUUGGCGGGGAGUAA